UGGCAACACUGCGGCCAGCAGGAAGACAACAACACUCACUGAUCUACCAUGUAAACUGGUGGCGUUAUUUGUAAAUAUAGUUUUGGGGAUAAUAUAUCAGUAAAAUGCCAAUAUUUGACAGCUUGGGGAGUGGAGUAGAGAAGACUGCCGUGGUCAUUGAUUUAGGAGCAGCUUUUACAAAAUGCGGCUUUGCAGGGGAAACGGCGCCCAGGUUCAUAAUUCCGAGCGAGAUCCGGAAACCGGGUCAGCAACAGGCCAUCAAAGUGGUUCAGUACAACAUCAACACAGAAGAGCUUUAUGUCAUCCUCAAAGAGUUUAUCCAUAUAUUGUACUUCAGGCACCUGCUGGUGAACCCUCGCGACCGAAGAGUGGUGAUCAUCGAGUCCAUCCUUUGCCCGUCCCACUUCAGGGAGACCCUCACCAAGGUUUUCUUCAAACAGUUUGAGGUCCCCUCUGUGCUGUUUGCUCCGAGUCACCUGAUGGCCAUCAUGACUUUGGGCAUAAACUCUGCUCUGGUGAUGGACUGUGGAUACACAGAGACACUAGUUCUGCCUGUUUAUGAGUGUACUCCUAUUCUACCAGCGUGGGAGGCUUUACCACUGGGGGGCAAAGCCAUCCAUAAAGAACUGGAUGGAUUUCUGGUGGAACAGUGCACUGUGGACUCAGACUCCACCACCGGGCACAGUGUGCCCGCUGUCAUAGGGACUAUUCCAGAAGAAACCGUUGAGGACAUAAAGGUCCGAACAUGUUUUGUCAGUGACCUGCAGAGGGGACUUCAGAUACAAGAGGCUAAGUUUGGCUCUGCAGAGCGUCCAGCUCCUCCUCCAGAUGUUGCCUAUCCUCUGAGCGGGGAGAAAAUCCUGCACAUUAAAGGAUCGAUCAGGGACUCUGUGAUGGAGAUUCUGUUUGAACAGGACAACGAGGAGAAAAGUGUGGCCACUCUGAUUCUUGAUGCUCUAGUCCAGUGUCCCAUUGACACACGUAAAGUUCUCUCGGAGAACCUGGUGGUGAUCGGGGGCACGGCCAUGCUGCCGGGCUUCCUGCACCGGCUGCUGGCAGAGAUACGCCUCUUGGUGGAGAAACCCAAGUACAGCAACGUGCUGGCCAGCAAGAGCUUCCGCAUCCACGCUCCACCUGCCAAGCCCAACUGCACUGCGUGGCUCGGAGGAGCCAUCUUCGGAGCCCUUCAGGACAUUCUGGGCAGCCGCUCGGUGUCGCGAGACUACUACAACCAGACGGGUCGCAUCCCAGACUGGUGCUGCCUGAGUUCCCCUCCUCCUGAGUGCUUGUACGAUGCAGGAAAGGUUCCUCCUCCGCUGAUGAAAAGAGCGUUCUCUACAGAAAAGUAGAAUAUUUUGAAUUCCACUGCUCCCUCCUGAAAGAACAAUCCGCUGAUCUUUAAUGUAACAUCCCAUCACUCGUCUAGCUUAUGUGUUUACGCCACAUAGAUGUUUUUUUAUUUAUUUAUCCACGAAGCAGGUGACAGUUUUAUUGUUUGACUCUCAGAUGCUCCUAUUUGUUUCAGGGUCUGCCCGUUUGUAUAAAUUUCAUUAUUUGCACAAAAUAAUCUACAAAAUCUCUUUGUGGCCUAAAAUGCGGAGCUCAGAAAUGAUUUGGUGCAAAGACUGCACAUCUGCCUGGGUUACACGUCUAUUUUACCCAGCACCAUCUGCAGCUUAACAAAACAGGAGCAUGUGCACAUUAGCAGGGUCCCAGUGAGUUCGCAGACAAACGCACCAAUAAAACCAUCAAUAAUGCAGCAAGUGGAAGGAGUUUGUUCUUUAACAGUUUAUUUCAAAGGCAGAUGUGUCUGCUGUCACGUCGUGUCUUUAACGUGCACCUUCUCAUCAACUCACUCGUUUUCUUUCUGAUGUCCUGGAUGGUGCAACUUAAAACUCCGCACUGUUCAGCAGAAAUGUUCUGAACUGCAGUUCAGCUGAACUUAGUCACUCAUUUAGUCAACGAGCAGCACUGCUGACUCUGAAGACAUCAUGUGUAUGAUUUGUUAUUGUCAAAAGUCAUCACCCACAGAGAUUCUCCAAAAGAAACAAGAUGUUGCUCUUAAAAUGUUGUUUAUACUUAUUUAUACGGUAGGAUGUUGAUGUUUAUAACUCAAUAAAAUCGAAGAAACCCUUUAUACAUGGGAUUGUUUUAUACCCAUAAAUAUUAGAGCAGGUCUUACUGCUUAAACACACUUUAGUUUCAAUUUAAUGUGUUUCUCUGCAUUAAGCCGAUCAGAGAGGUGUCAUCACUACAUGUAGACAAGAUACACGAGAGCUGUUACCAGCUAAUAUGAACAUUACCUGUGUGUUGUGUGAAGCCAUUGAAAACAUAUUUUACACGUUACGUUGGACAUGCUACUCUGUAAACUCAUUGCUACAAAUAAAUACUCAGUACUGA